ACAUCCGAUGCAAAUUUAGUUUAAAUUAUGGAAGGAUGAAUGGCCGCAUAGGCACCACAACACUGGUACGGUCCAGGGACUUCUCUCUAGGGUUUCGCAGCCCUUAGAGUUUUUUUCCGUCUUCGGUUAUACGAAGAAGGGCUGGUUUUCUCCUCAGCAAUCUUCAUCCACAGAAGUCCGCUUCCGCUGUUUGGUGGAGUCGAGCAAGGUUUCGUUGUUACUCCGGUGUUGAUUUCUGAUCGUGAGGUCGGGUGAGAGCAGGGAAGCAAUUUUCUUCCUUGCUGAUUGGAGGGGUCGACAGACAAGAUCAUGGCCGUGAGGGGUGAUGUAGCUACGAGUGCGGGACGAGGAGUGUUGCAUGGACUUCGAGUUGGCCAAAUUGCGUUCAACAAUGGAGGAUCAAUUAGCAUGGUACCGGUGAUACGACCUCCUCCUGAACCACCACCAUGGGUUGUACGAGGUGCUAGAGUCCGUGAAAGUUUUUCUAGUAAUUUUUAUCUGUUUGUCAUUUGUUUUCGCGUGUCCAUCUAUGUUGUGGGUUUUGACAGUUUGUUUGAGUUUUUAUUCUCUCUUUAUGUCAUUGGGUAUGGUUGGAUCUAUGGGAACAGGUUUGGCUGUGCCAAGCCCAAUACAUGGUUAGCGAUUUGUGUUGCUCUUUCAGGGUGACCGUCUCAAAGUCUGAUCAUAGAGUUUACAGCCGUAGUUGUUGGAGUUUAGUUGGUGUCAGGUUUAUUUUCUCUUUGUUUGAUGUCAUGAUCCUGAAUCUUUUGAUAUGAAUAGAGUUGAGGCAUGUUUUAAUGAUAAAAAAAU